AUGAUGUCCGAAAAUACUGCGCCGGAGGGCGCCAAAGCAGCUGUGCUGGUUCCGUCAGAAGCCAUUCCGGAAGAUGCAAAGCAGGUCAAGGGGCUAGAUUUUGAUCAAUAUGCCGACAGAGACAUUACUGCCGCGGAAUUAGUUGAGAACAUGGCCACAAUGGGCUUCCAGGCCAGUGCUGUUGCCGAAGCGGCUCGUGUUAUAAACGACAUGAGAGCCUGGCGCGACCCGGAAACCGGUGAUAAGACUACAAUUUUCCUUGGAUACACCUCCAACCUAGUUUCCUCGGGUCUGCGAGAAACAAUACGCUAUCUGGUUCAGCACAAACAUGUCUCUGCUAUCGUUACGACCGCCGGCGGUAUAGAAGAAGAUUUUAUUAAAUGCCUUGCUCCCACUUAUCUCGGCAGCUUCUCUUCUCCAGGAGCUGGUCUUCGCUCCAAGGGCCUCAACCGUAUUGGCAAUCUUGUCGUGCCCAACAGCAAUUACUGUGCCUUUGAAGACUGGGUAGUACCUAUUCUCGACACCCUUCUCGCCGAACAAGAAGCCUCAAAGUCGACAGAAACGCCUAUCCACUGGACACCAAGUAAAAUUAUCGCCCGUCUAGGCAAGGAAAUCAACAAUCCGUCAUCCAUAUAUUACUGGGCCUGGAAGAACUCUAUCCCCGUCUUUUGCCCUGCCUUGACGGACGGCAGCCUCGGCGACAUGAUGUAUUUCCAUACUUUCCGCUCCUCUCCGGACCAGCUACGAGUGGAUAUUGUCGAGGACGUGCGUGCCAUCAACACUUUAAGUGUUCGCGCCAAAAGGGCUGGCAUGAUUAUCCUCGGUGGUGGAGUGGUCAAGCAUCACAUUGCUAAUGCAUGUCUGAUGCGCAACGGUGCUGAGAGCGCGGUGUAUAUCAAUACAGGCCAAGAGUUUGAUGGCAGCGAUGCGGGGGCUCGACCUGAUGAAGCCGUUAGCUGGGGAAAAAUCAAGGCUAACGCAGACAGCAUAAAGGUCUACGCUGAAGCAACAGUUGUGUUUCCUCUCAUUGUGGCCGCUACCUUUGCUUCCCAGAAAAAACAAACUUGA